CUGUAAAACAAAAUCCAAUCACGUCGUCUGUCUAUGGGCGAUCUGUGCCGCUGGCCGCAGCCAUCGCCGGCGACGAGCUCCCAGGUGGUGACGUCCAGGCAGGACCGGUUGGCCACUCGAAGGGCAUCGUACGGCGUCGGCGGCGGUGGAUCGAUCGCGGCUGGAUCAACCGGAGAUUGUGUUCGCCGCCCGCAAGCCGUUCGACAAAAUGCGCGAGCUGUGCAUGACCGCGCGACGACAGCGCCUCAAAGAGGGUUUUCGUUCGAUUGCACCGGAUCACCGGCGGGAACAAACAGCGACGCGGAUCAAGGACACGCGCGUGCCUCCUUGGUGCUGGUUCGCCGGUGCUGCUUCUACUUUAGCUGGCUGGUUCGGUGGCGCAGGCACGCCCCCGCUGCGGCCGGCCGGCCGGCUGCUAUGGGGGUGAUCAGCAUGUCACAUGGGGGCCGCGUCAUCGAUUCGACUUCAUCAUGCGAGGCUCACAGGUUCAUGUGGCACAGUCUGCAACUGGUCGCCGAUCUAUAAAAUACAGAAGAAGUAUGUUGCUGUGUCGAAAAGAACAAGGCAUUGUCCUUCCAGAGUUAGGCACCUUAGAAAUAGAAA